AUGCCGAUCGAGAUCGUGUGCAAAAUCAAAUUUUCGGAGGAAGGGGAGGAGGAUGCGAAGGCGAAGGCGAAGGAGGAGGGGGACGAGCAGAGCGUGUUGCUGAGAGGGUCCGGGCCCGGUCCCGGGCCGGCCCCCCGAGACCUGGCCACCUUCGCCCGGUCCAGCUCGCUGCACGGGCUGGGCCGCGUCUGGGGUCGCGGUCCCCGGGGGCUGCGCCGGGCCCUCUGGGCCUUGGCCCUGCUGGCCUCGCUGGCCGCCUGCCUCUACCAGGCGGCAGGCUCGGCCCGGGCCUACCUGUCCCGGCCUCACCUGGCCUCCUUGGCCGCGGCCCCCGCGGCCCCGGGCUUCCCCGCUGUCACCCUCUGCAACAUCAACCGGUUCCGCCACUCGGCCCUGAGCGACGCGGACAUCUUCCACCUGGCCAACCUGACCGGCCUGCCCCCGAAGGACCGCGACGGACACCGGGCCGCGGGCCUGCGCUACCCCGAGCCGGACAUGGUGGACAUCCUCAACCGCACCGGGCAUCAGCUGGCGGACAUGCUCAAGAGCUGCAACUUCAGUGGCCACCGCUGUUCCACCAGUAACUUCUCCGUGGUGUACACGCGCUACGGGAAGUGCUACACGUUCAACGCCGGCCCUCACAGUCCGAGGCCCGGCCGGGCCGGAGGGAUGGGCAGCGGCCUGGAGAUCAUGCUGGACGUCCAACAGGAGGAAUAUCUUCCCAUCUGGAGAGAGACCAACGAGACGUCGUUCGAGGCCGGGAUCCGCGUGCAGAUUCACAGCCAGGAAGAGCCCCCCUACAUUCACCAGCUUGGCUUCGGGGUGUCCCCCGGCUUCCAGACCUUCGUGUCCUGCCAGGAGCAGCGGCUGACGUACCUCCCGCGGCCUUGGGGUAACUGCCGGACGGAGUCGGGGUCCGGGGAGCCAGACCUGCAGGGCUACGCGGCCUACAGCGUGUCCGCCUGCAGGCUGCGGUGCGAGAAGGAGGCCGUACUCCGGCGAUGCCACUGCCGCAUGGUUCACAUGCCAGGCAACGAGACCAUCUGCUCGCCCAACAUUUACAUCGAGUGCGCCGAUCACACCGUGGACUCCCUGGGGGGGGAGUCCGAAGGGCGCUGCGCCUGUCCCACCCCCUGCAAUCUGACUCGCUACGGGAAGGAGAUCUCCAUGGUUCGCAUCCCCAACCGAGGGUCUGCCCGCUACCUGGCCCGGAAAUACAACCUCAACGAGACCUACAUCAGGGAGAACUUCCUGGUCCUGGACGUGUUUUUCGAGGCGUUGACUUCAGAGGUCUUGGAGCAGAGAGCCGCCUACAGCCUGUCAGCCCUCCUGGGUGACAUUGGCGGGCAGAUGGGACUGUUCAUUGGGGCGAGCAUCCUCACGCUCCUGGAGAUUCUGGACUACGUCUACGAGGUGGCCUGGGCCUGGCUGAAGCGGCUGUGGCGGCGCCCCAAGCCCCCACUGAGGACCCCCAGAGCGGGCAUCGCCACCCUGGGCCUGCAAGAGCCGAAGGAGCAGAGCCCGUGCCCAGGACGGGGUUGCCCCCAGAACAGGGGUGCCAGCGGCCUGCUCCCCAAUCACCAUCACGGCCCCCCGGGGAGCCUCUUCCAGGACUUCGCCUGCUAGGACGGCAACGGGCCACCCCUGUGGGCCUCGGGGACUCCCGGCGAGGGGGUCCCCCCAUCAACCUCCCCCUUUCCGACCGUUUUCUCCCUCCCUGGAGGAGCCCGGCCCAGGAUGUGGGGGUCCCGGGGAGGGAUGGGA